AUGUCGUCCUUUUCUCCGUCGUUCGUAGUCGGGUCUGCCUCCAGCGCGAGGGUCAGUGUCAGGGAUGCAAUUCAAUCAUACCGACGUGCCCAAUACCUUGUCGCUGGCUCCACUGUUGCAUCUUCCGACGCUUCAGACCUUGAAUAUGAUGAUGAGGAUGAUGAAGAAGCUCAAAGAUCUUUCCGUUUGGAAAACGAAGACUCUGAUGUCGAAGACCAGGAGUUGGACGCGACGCCCUCUGGAGAGCCCCGGGGACGCGACGAUUCCUUUAUCGGUCAGCUGAACUGGGAUGAAGAAGAUAAUGAAUCAACAAGACAUGCAUCAUUGAGGGAACAGACAUCUAUACUGUCUGACAGACGUCUUCGCCAACCUCUUUCCAUUCAACGCCUUCAGCUAUCUGGGCCUUCAAACGUGCGCGAGGAUACCCCCUUACUAGCCAAAAAAGUUUCUUUCUCCGCUCUUCCACGUCCAUAUCGCACCGUUGAGCCCGGUUUUCCUGCAAAAGAUUUGCUACCACAAACUUCGGUCGAUGAGGUGUCGUCAGCAUCCCGCCGUCGCCUCUCUACCUCAUCAGCCGCGAGCAAAGGUUUGCAUCGCCAGUGGGGUGGACAGAGCACGUUUGGACAGACGUUGUUCAAUUCUAUCGCAAUUUUAUUGGGUAUUGGCAUGUUAUCGGAACCCCUUGCGUUCGCCUACUCUGGCUGGGCAGUUGGGACUCUUUUGAUCAUAUCCUAUGGGUUUGUAGCAUGUUAUACAGCUAAAAUUCUCGCUCGAAUCAUACUUUCAGACCCUCGCAUUCGCUCUUAUUCAGAUAUCGGCAGGAAGGCGUUCGGUCCCAAAGUAACUCCGUUCAUUAGUGGGAUGUUUUGCCUUGAGCUCUUCGCCGUCAGCGUGGUUCUUAUCACACUAUAUGGCGACUCUUUGCAUUCUUUAAUGCCCGAAUAUCCAGCAAACACUUUCAAAAUUUGGGGCACUUUUCUGCUCAUUCCCACCGUAUUUCUCCCCCUAUCUCUCUUAUCAUACACCUCAAUUCUGGGCAUUGUUUCGACAGUCCUCCUCACUUUUGUGAUAUUAAUAGAUGGAAUUUCGAAAAAGGAAGCUCCUGGAAGCCUCUGGUCACCAGCAGAAACGGAUUUCGGGGUGAAGAGCUUCAAUAAGUUGGGUAUAGCAUUCGGUUUAUUCAUGGCUGGGUUUGCUGGACACGCCGUGAUACCAUCUUUGGCGAGGGAUAUGAUAGAUCCCAGUAGAUUCGACACCAUGAUAAACUGGGCCUUCGUGGUCGCUACUUCUAUAUAUGCAUUAAUUGGGUAUGCUGGUUAUAUGAUGUUUGGUAACGACGUCAGCGACGAGAUCAGCUUAAAUCUGCUAUCCACUCCCGGAUAUAACCCCUUCCUUAAUACACUCUGCCUAUGGAUGCUAGUUUUGAGUCCAUUGUCAAAAUUUGCUCUGAAUACCCAACCGCUGAACACUACUGUUGAAAUACUGCUCGGGAUUGACACGCCUAUCUCGUCUCCAGAAGACCUAGUAGAUAAACCUGAUGGUUUAUCUGUGGCACCCGGAAGUUCAAACUUUGGACUAAAACGUGUGUUAGCAAUUCUGCAACGCAUCUUCUUGACUACACUCGCUGUGGCCGUAUCAGUUGCAGUGCCAGAAUUUAGUUCAAUGAUGGCGUUCCUUGGAUCCUUUUCUGCUUUCAUGCUGUCGAUUGUGGGGCCAGUCAUGGCAAAGGUCGUUAUCGAUGGGAGGUGUGGUUGGUUUGACGGGACAAUUAUUGUUUCAGGAGUUACGAUGGCGAUCUGGGGAACUGCCGCAGCCUUUUUAGACGCGUGA